UGGCGGGGGCGCGCCCUGGCGGCGGGGCCGCGCGAGAGGUUGUCCGCUGUUGGGAGCUGAGCCCUUGUUCAGGGGCCAGGCGACCCUGGGGCUCAGGUCGUGGCGGCUGGAUGUGGGAAGGCACCUCUACCCACCCGGGCUAUCGGCUGUAGGCCCGGCUGGAUUCCUUCAACAUCCGCAGGAACCCCUGAGCCCAGGCCUAGCCGAGGCUCCACGGGCCCAGAGUCCACCCAGACCCGGUGAGUGGUGAUUUCUCUGAGGGCUUGAUCAUCUCCUCUGGACUCAGGGCUCUCCCUAAUCCAGAGUCCCACUGGGGCCAGACUGGGCCAAGACUCGUCGCCCCCGGGGUCUGUACUAACUGGGUGAGUGCCACUGAGAUCAUGUCUGGCGCCAGAGAACCUACAAAUUCAUACGGGAUCUGGGGUCUCCAUUGAUCCAGUGAGAAAGUUCCCCUCAAGAGCCAUGCCUGUCUGCUGAAUCUUUGGUGCUAGGGAAGCAGGGAAAGGUUGACUAGAAAGAGCCUCAGAAAAGACUUUUCUUGGGUUUUGGGCUUGGGGCUUUCUGGACCCUGAGAUGCUUGCCUUAUUUCUGAAGCUGAGGUGGGACAAUGAGGAAAUAGUCCAGAGGGGCCACUGGACUUCAGGCCCACACUGACCCAGGCUCCACAGCAGCUGCAGAGCCAGGGCACCGACGGCUGGAGUGGAGCAGACACUGUCCAUGGAGCUGGUGGAUAAGGUGGACAGGGGGCGGCGGUGAUGGCGCAGUUUGACACUGAAUACCAACGCCUAGAGGCCUCCUACAGCGAUUCACCUCCAGGGGAGGAAGACCUGUUGGUGCAUGUCCCUGAGGGGAGCAAGUCACCUUGGCACCACAUUGAAAACCUUGACCUCUUCUUCUCUCGAGUUUAUAAUCUACAUCAGAAGAAUGGCUUCACUUGUAUGCUCAUCGGGGAGAUCUUUGAGCUCAUGCAGUUCCUCUUUGUGGUUGCCUUCACCACCUUCCUGGUCAGCUGUGUGGACUACGACAUCCUAUUUGCCAACAAGAUGGUGAACCACAGUCUUCACCCUACUGAGCCUGUCAAGGUCACUCUGCCAGACGCCUUUUUGCCUGCCCAAGUCUGUAGUGCCAGGAUUCAGGAGAAUGGCUCCCUUAUCAUCAUCCUCGUGAUUGCUGGUGUCUUCUGGAUCCACCGGCUUAUCAAGUUCAUCUACAACAUUUGCUGCUAUUGGGAGAUUCACUCCUUCUACCUGCAUGCUCUGCGUAUCCCCAUGUCUGCCCUCCCGUACUGCACGUGGCAGGAAGUGCAGGCCCGGAUCGUGCAGACGCAGAAGGAGCACCAGAUCUGCAUCCACAAGCGGGAACUGACGGAGCUGGACAUCUACCACCGCAUCCUCCGCUUCCAGAACUACAUGGUGGCGCUGGUUAACAAAUCCCUCCUGCCUCUGCGCUUCCGCCUGCCCGGCCUCGGGGAAGUCGUCUUCUUCACCCGUGGUCUCAAGUACAACUUCGAGCUGAUCCUCUUCUGGGGACCUGGCUCUCUGUUUCUCAAUGAAUGGAGCCUCAAGGCGGAGUACAAACGUGGGGGGCAACGGCUAGAGCUGGCCCAGCGCCUCAGCAACCGCAUCUUGUGGAUUGGCAUCGCAAACUUCCUGUUGUGCCCUCUCAUCCUCAUCUGGCAGAUCCUCUAUGCCUUCUUCAGCUACGCUGAGGUGCUGAAGCGGGAGCCGGGGGCCCUGGGAGCCCGCUGCUGGUCGCUGUAUGGCCGCUGCUACCUCCGCCACUUCAAUGAGUUGGAGCAUGAGCUUCAGUCCCGUCUCAGCCGCGGCUACAAACCCGCCUCCAAGUACAUGAAUUGCUUCCUGUCACCCCUGCUAACACUGCUGGCCAAGAAUGGCGCCUUCUUCGCCGGCUCCAUCUUGGCCGUGCUCAUUGCCCUCACCAUCUAUGAUGAAGAUGUGUUGGCUGUGGAGCACGUCCUCACCACCGUCACACUCCUGGGGGUCGCUGUGACCGUGUGCAGGUCCUUCAUCCCAGACCAGCACAUGGUGUUCUGCCCCGAGCAGCUGCUCCGCGUGAUCCUCGCUCAUAUCCACUACAUGCCUGACCACUGGCAGGGUAAUGCCCACCGCUCGCAGACCCGGGACGAGUUUGCCCAGCUCUUCCAGUACAAGGCAGUAUUCAUCUUGGAGGAGUUGCUGAGCCCCAUUGUCACACCCCUCAUCCUCAUCUUCUGCCUCCGCCCACGGGCCCUGGAGAUUAUAGACUUCUUCCGCAAUUUCACUGUGGAGGUUGUCGGCGUUGGAGAUACCUGCUCUUUUGCUCAGAUGGAUGUUCGCCAGCACGGGCAUCCCCAGUGGCUGUCCGGUGGGCAGACAGAGGCCUCAGUGUACCAGCAAGCUGAGGACGGGAAGACAGAGCUGUCGCUCAUGCACUUUGCCAUCACUAACCCUGGCUGGCAGCCACCGCGUGAGAGCACGGCCUUCCUGGGCUUCCUUAAGGAACAGGUUCAGCGGGACGGAGCAGCUGCUAGCCUUGCCCAAGGGGGUCUGCUCCCUGAAAAUGCCCUCUUUACAUCUAUCCAGUCCUUACAAUCUGAGUCUGAGCCACUGAGUCUCAUCGCAAAUGUGGUAGCCGGCUCAUCCUGCCGGGGCCUGCCACUGCCCAGAGACCUGCAGGCUUCCCGGCACAGGGCUGAAGUUGCGUCUGCCCUGCGCUCCUUCUCCCCUCUGCAGCCUGGUCAGGCUGCCACAGGCCGAGCUCCCAGCACCAUGACAGGCUCUGGGGUAGAUGCCAGAACAGCCAGCUCCGGGAGCAGUGUGUGGGAAGGACAGCUGCAGAGCCUGGUGUUGUCAGAAUAUGCGUCCACCGAGAUGAGCCUGCACGCCCUCUAUAUGCACCAGCUCCACAAGCAGCAGGCCCAGGCGGAACCUGAGCGGCAUGUAUGGCACCGCCGAGAGAGUGAUGAGAGUGGGGAGAGCGCCCCUGAAGAUGGGGGAGAGGGCGCUCGGGCUCCCCAACCUAUCCCCCGGUCUGCCAGCUAUCCCUGUGCUACACCCCGGCCUGGAGCACCUGAGACCACUGCCCUGCAGGGGGGCUUCCAGAGGCGCUAUGGGGGCAUCACAGAUCCUGGCACAGUGCCCCGGGCUCCCUCUCACUUCUCCCGGCUGCCCCUUGGAGGAUGGGCUGAAGAUGGGCAGUCAGCAUCAAGGCAUCCAGAGCCUGUGCCUGAGGAGGGCUCGGAGGAUGAGCUACCCCCUCAGGUGCAUAAGGUGUAGAUAAGGCUGAGGAGGGUCCCUACGCCCCAGGAUGGAGGCCACUGGUGCCCUGCCAUCCCAACCGCCCGCCAUGGGGGCUCCUCUGAGUGUUGCCUGGCUCCACGUGUGUGGUGUUUGUGUGUCUGUGCCUGGCCAAGGGAGGUGCCAACACUGGGCUUGCCACAGCCCUAGGAGAGGAAUUUGGGGCUUAGAAAUCAGGGGCACACAGGACUCUAGCCUCAUCCCCACGCCGCCCCUUGGCUCAGAGUGUGGUGCUAGAAACUGGUCCCCAGCCCAGCCCCAGUACUGCCACCUUUGCAUUCACCCCUACAAGUUCUCCAGAGGGCUGCCCACCACAGAAGCUGCCAAGCAGGAAGAACCUGUGCCAACUGGAGUGGGGUGUUCGGGCCUGGGCCCUCAAGCCCAGUGCCCUCCAGCCCUGUGCAGAUGAGCAGCUCAGGCUGUGGCCCUUACCUCACCUCAGUGCUCUCCCAGCGCUGCAGCCUGCUCGCCUCUCCUGCUUCCGCACAUCACUGGCAUGUGUGUGCUGCUUGCUCCCCUUCUGUUCACUUGCUCCCCUUCUGUUCGGCUUUUGCUUUGUGUUGGGCUGGAUGCCCUAGCUCCCAGCUCCCCUCACACACUACCUUUUGACACUAAGAGGGAAGGUUUGUAAAUCACAGGAGCAGGAUCGAAAUUCUUUGCUUCCCCCUCCAACUUUUGGGAUGGGUUCCUGGGAGGCUGAGGCCUUCUAAGGCCCCUGUUGCUGCUUAUUGUAUCCCCCACCAUCUGCACUGGAGUGUGCCCUCGGCCGUUCUUACCUCCCAGCAAGAGAGCUCUGGCCUGUAUCCCGCUGCCCCCUAGAGGUGGGAAGGGGGCGACAGGAGGCCUCGGCCUAGGCUUUGGGUUGCCGCAUUGCAUGCUGGAACUCAGUCCCUGCCCUCUGAUCCACCCCUCCCUCAGCUCUGGUCCGCUGAGUGGUGAACUGAGCUGCCCGGACUCACAGUGGAACCGGGUGGGGGCCGUGUACAGCUUGAUAACCCUUAAUAAAGAAGGGACUUUGACCAG